UUCAAAAAGAAAAAGAAAUAUAAUUCAUUUACUUUUUGUUUUUAUUUUAGAGGAAAAAAGAGAAAAUAACAGUAAAAUGAGAAGACAGUGAGGAAGCUGAAAAAGUGCCGUUGAUCAAAUCCUAGUGAUGACGAACCUCAGUCGUUGAUCAUCUAUCCAUCCACCGGUUGAAGUCUUCUUCCGAUCUCGUAAAAUCUAUUCAAAAUUCGAAAUGCUAACGGUAACUUUAUGCUUCUACUUCUCUAUAAAUCAGACCCCCGCUUCUUUCUCCCUCCUUUAACAAUUUCAAUUCUGAUCUCAAUUUCACUUUCAACUCAAAUUCAUCACUAUGUCUUCCCCAACCACUUUCUCCUUCCGAUGCUCUAUUCGCUGCAACGCCAACGGCAGUGCUGCCACCAACGGUCAACCCUUGCAAUUCGUUGAACUCCGAUUGGGACAUUUCAGCCAACUGGUUCUUUCACCUUCUCACCAAAUCCUUCAACAAACUUCCCCCAUUCUAAUUUCUGAUACUCUGAUCCGUUUCCCUCUGCGGGAGCUUGAAGAUCCACCAUUCAUCUCCCACUCCUCCCUCUGUCGCUUUCUCUCUUCCUACAACAUCUCCGACGCCGUCUGUGACGCCAUCUUCCUCAAGAUCUCUUCAUUUGCCUUUCAAUUGGUUGCCGGUAACCUCAAUUCCAACUUCCACAUCAUAGCCGCUUUGGAUUUUGUGUACACGCACUGGGUGGACCUGGACCCAGCAGAAGAUGCAGCGGCGGUGAGGCAAGGGGCGCCGAGGUCGGCGAUUGAGAGGUUGAUGAAGGAGAAAUAUGAUGGGAACGGAGGGGAAGAGAUGGAAGAUGAGUGUAGUGUUUGUUAUGAAGAUCUCCAUGGGAAAACAGAGAAGGAAAAGGAAGUGAGCAGGAUCCCAUGCGGGCACAUGUUUCAUAAGUCAUGUAUUCUCAAAUGGCUUAAAAUCAGCAAUUCAUGUCCUUUGUGCAGAGGGGAAUUAGAAGCAUAGCACACUAAAUCAUCCCUUUUUCUUUUAAUCAUCUUGAUUAAUCGAACUCAACAUCUCUUUUGUUGUGGUUUGUGAUAAAAAAAAAAUUGUGAAUAUUUCUGUGUUUUGUUUUGGUUGAAUACAAACUGAAAAAUGAGUUAGUGAAUUAGAAUAAUAUAAUGAAGCUAAUUUUAGGUUCCAUACUCCACGACUUUGCUGAUCGAAAUUCGUUUGAUGAUUCUGAAUUUUUGUUGUUGUUUGAGUGUGUAUGUCCACGUCUUCAUUUGAUUCCAACAGUGUACAAAAUAAGAAAAUAAAUUACAAAUUGGAGGGGGAAAAUAACAUUGUUAUUUAAGGAAACAAUAUAUCAAUUAAUUUAGUUAGUAACACAUAACACAUAGGUUGAGAAGAAACUACCAUCUUCAUUGAACAUUCAUUAACUACAAGAAAGGUGAGAAAGGGUCAAACUCUGUAUGACUCCAACUUUGUGGAAGUAGACAGUACGUAAAUGGAAAAACAAGAAAACCCACGAGGACAUCCUUUGUUUAGUUUAUUUGGAAAAACAAUCUUUUUUAAUAGUAAAAAUAAGACGACCAAAACUAGGGGUCUAAACUCUAAAUCAAUAGGACAUAUAUUCAUGCUUAAUGUAGAUCAAACAUAAAACUAUCAAUGGAUAUGUUAAUAUAUUUGUCACUAUAUAUCCGCAUGUCACACGAUUCUAUAAUGUAAGAAAAAUGCACUCUCUUGACACCUAUAAUAGUAAAACAAAAAAAAAAAAAAAAA